UUUAAUUAGAAACUACUAACUACUUCCGGUUGUUUUGCUGGUGGACUUAGCGUUGUCGUACGCGUGCAUAGAGACCACGUUUUCUGAGACAUGACUGUGUGGUUGUUACUGUGAUAAAAUGGAAGCUGAGACCUACCUCCUUACUGAACAGCCUGCUGUACUUCACAACACAAUGGUUAACUGGCCUUCCUCAUCUUGGACACCAGAAUUCCUUGGCGAACAGCUCUCACAACCAUUGUCUUGUAAAGUGACACCUUUAUCUAUAGGAAGGGCGCUGAUGGAGACAGAGUGCAUCCAGGAAUCUGUGAGUCUUUCUGACUUUGUCCAGUGGCUCAGAGGGCAGGUCAGCGGAGACAACCCCCUCCAAAAGUAUGACCGCAACACAUUCUCAUGUUAUCUUGACUACAAGUACAUGCAAGAGAUAUUUACAACGAAGCCAGAACUACUCAAGGCAGUAUGCUGGGAGAGUGUGGGUCUGGAGGGACGGGACGGGACAGCGAGUACACUAUGGAUGGGUAGUGAAGGUGCCUAUACCAACUGUCACUAUGAUGCUUAUGGCUACAAUCUGGUCGCUCAGAUAUUUGGAAGGAAACGGUGGGUACUCUUCCCUCCAUCAGACACCCAGCACCUUUAUCCCACACGAAUCCCCUUUGAGGAGUCCAGCAUAUUCUCCCAGGUUGAUGUUAAACAUCCAGAUUUGAAGCUUCAUCCAAAAGUUAAGCUGACAAGUGUCCAUGAGGUAAUUUUGGAACCAGGACAGAUCCUGUAUGUACCAAGGCACUGGUGGCAUUAUGUCGAGUGUUUGGAGCCGGCCAUCAGUGUCAACACAUGGGUAGAACUGGCUGCAGACACAGAGUCGAGGUUUGAGGAGGCUAUUACUCGAAACCUUUUCUCGAGUCUCUGGUGCUCACACAUUGAUAUGAAAAAACAAGGUAUGAAUGAUUGUCAUCAGCUGGGAGCAGUGGGCGCCCAACAAGAGGGAGCUAACACCCAGGAGUGGAUCAAUCCUAAGGAGGAGAUUUGGGACAACAGACGCAAUAUGUUUGUACUGAGUGAGGCAUAUAAAGCAAUAGAAGGGGAUAAAAGUGGUGGUGAUGGCUGUACAACGACAGAUUGUGGCCUGGUCACUUCAGACACUCCAGACUGUACCACCGAUGACAGGGAGAGGAACUUAAAAAUAUUUGCACGACACUUCAGAGGAAAGACAGUAAUUUUUCUACCCAAAGGUCGUGUACAAGGAUCUGUUAUCCAGAACAAGGACAAAAAUUCAAAGCCAAUUCAGGGAGAAUAUUUUAAUAUAUCAUCGGAAAUUUCAUCGAAAACAGUAAAGAAACCCCAUUUACAUCUUCGAGAAAAAGAGCAUGGUAUAUUUUAUUGUGAUGAUGAAAAUUAUAAAAUGUCAACAGCGCAAAAUUGGAAUAGAGAAGACAAACUAUCUGAAAAGACAUAUCACCAACCAACACAGAAAAUACCUGUCAAAUCAACGAACUUAUUUUUAAAAAGAAAUCAAAGUGGUGAAGUUUAUUCAGAUCAAAGCUGUGCAGCGAAAGUCUCUAAAUUGACAUCACAAUCUUCUGAAGAGUUACUAACUGACAGAGUGAUGAUGAAAACCAUCUCUAGACCUGAUACAAAGUUUAACAGUAGGAAUGUGACAUCGAACAGGCCAUGUAAUACACUCAUCAAAACAUGUCUGCGAUGCAACAACCAGGAUUGUGAUGGACAGGUGUGUCGGUCACGGACUGUCGCUCCUUCACCAUCAGAAAUAAGUCUCACUGCAGUGACACCACAGCCAUUCAUGACAUGGCAUUCAGUAUGUAAAUGUGGGGACAAGAAUUCUGACAAGGAUGAAAACCAGAGAGGCAGUAGGAUACUGAAUGCCACCCUAGAUAACAGCUCUCUAGACAAUAAACUAGAUACUGACAAAGAGGUGUCCUAUUAUCAACGAGAAACGUGUCGAUACUGUGUCGGUGAUAGUCAUACUAGUGAAUUGACAAAUCAAAGUAACACAGGUGAACAAGUGAAUCCCAUUAAGACAUUGACGUUUGAAGAGUUUGUGAUGUGUGCCACACAUCCAGAUGUUAUUCACACUAUAGCUAAAGUUAUCAGGAACAACAUGACAGGCGACUAGAAAUACACUUUUCUAGACUGUGUAAACAUACGUAUAACUUCGGCUAUUUGAUAGGUAUGAAAGUGCAAUUAUAUAUUAAGUUUCCUGUAAUGGGCUUUUUUUCAGGUUUCCAAUAGAAUCUUUAAUGAUCUCCCCUGGCAAAAUGUAUAGAAAUGUGAGCUUCAUGUGAAUGAGCUAACGUACUGGCUUCAUCAUUUACUCCCAGAGGUUUUAUCAGAUUUAUUUACUGCGAUAUCUCAACUCAGUUUCAGCAUUACAACAGAUGUCUAAAACUUCGUAAUGUAAAUCAUGAUACAGUGUGCAUGUACUGAUAACAGUAAGGGUUUGGUCUUACAUGUGGAAUAGCUUGCUAGAUCUAGAGUCGAGGGCUAUCAUGUCUGUUCAAAUAAAUGAACUUAGCCUAUUUUUCAAGUUCAAACAUGUUUGAAACAUUACAGAAAUAUUCAUGCUUAAUGCUGUAGGAUACUGGAAUCCGAAAUCUUACAAGUAGUGAGCUUUACCAACAAUUUGUUUUGAAUGAAAUGGAACAGUACCCAAAUAUUUUAAGUAUGUACAGUACAUGUACAUAUUCCUGUAUUAUACACAAUAAAAGUUCAGUCAAGAGCUGUAAACAUAGUUGUGUAUGUUUUCACACAAAUCA